UAGGGCUAGGUGGACGCUGAGCUGAGCUGAGUGCUGACUGCUGACGCUGGGAAUAACAGGAAAGCGGGAAGUUUUAUAAUAUGGAUUCAAAUAUCGUGAGAGGAACUUGCAUUCUUAUGUGCCCUGACCAGGAAAUAGAAAUGAGACAAAGGGAAGGCCUGAUCCAUGUUCUGGAGGCUAGAAGAGACGGUGGAGGAAGAGGUACUCGAUUAACAGCUGAUCGUAGGAAGAUGGUCAAGAUGUACACUCGCUCGGCCGCAGGGAAGGACCUGCUACAGCCUGACCUGCUGCGACCUCCGCCUAUCCUACGGAGAACCAUCAACUACCUCCUCAGCAGUGUUGUGGCAGAAAGUGAGACUCCAUGGACAACCGUGUAUCAUUUCGUAGAGGACAGACUACGAGCCAUCAAUCAAGACAUGGUUGUGCAGCAGAUUCCUCCCCACAUGAGCACCAACAUCCUCGAACCCAUCGUCCGCUUCUACGCUUAUGCAUCUUACAGGUUAUGUGAAGAGCCUAUUGAUAACUUUGAUCCACAUUUGAAUUCAACACAACUGAACAACAGUCUGAAACACCUGUUGGUGUGUUACGACUCGGACGAGAAACAAGAUGAGAUAUCCGUCACCAGAGAUCAGAUGGAAGCUCUCUACGGACUGUUACAUCUGGGGAAUGUUGAGGCCCUUUAUAGGCUGCUGUCCAUUAAAUCCCACAGUGGCAGUCAGUCUAGAACAGUUCUGAAGAUGUCUUUGGCCCACUUCUGUAACGAUUACGUGACAGUUUUCCGUCAGUUACGUCAUUUGUCUCCUUUACUGUGCUGUGUGGCUGCUCUGCAUGUCCCCCAGAUUAGAAGAAAGACGCUAUCGGUCAUGAACAGUGCAUACAGCAGCAAAAACUUGCGAUACAGUCUGUCAAAACUUACAUCACUACUGUUAUUUGCGAAUGAUGAAGAUGCUGCAGAAGAGUGUAAAUAUUAUGGUUUGUCAGUCGACGAAGACGGAGUUCACUUUUUGAAAGGGACUUUUGACAACUCUACCAAAGAAAGACCACCAAAGAAGUUCAAGUUCCUAGAUGAAAAUCUUACCAACAUUUCUCUGCCAGAUAUUUUACUUUGUGUUGAUCCUGAUAGCUAAAUAAAAAAAAAAUAUUUUAAAUACC